CAGAAUCAGAUAGUGCAAUGCCGUUGCCCCAGUCCAUUGCUGCUUUCUUGAUCUUCAUAACAUGGCUUUCCAUUUUACAUGGUAUUUGAAUUCCAAACUAUUCGAUCAUCUCUUGCAGCGCUUAUAUAGAAGUCAUAUAGCGGGGGCACACGUUGUCGUGUUCUACGUACAUAACAAAUGCUCAUUUCCAAUAUGGCCGGCGACUGCACCGAACAAUGGCCAGCCAGUCAUAGCCGAGGGUGGAUUCUACCUUCCUCCGGGUGAGACCCACCGCAUCGUGGCUCCAUGGUCAUGGAGCGGCCGUAUCUGGGCCCGAACCGGCUGCAACUUUGACGGUAACUGGAAACCCGCCUGCGAAACUGGAGAUUGCGACGGAAGGCUAGCCUGCAACGGCCUUAUAGGCACUCCUCCGGUAACACUAGUCCAAGUGUCGCUUCAAGGUGACAAAGGCAAGCCCAAUUUCUACGACGUGAGCCUCGUGGACGGCUAUAACAUCCCUGUCUCGAUCACGUCAAGAGUAAUGAACCCGAAAUGCACCAUCCAGGGGUGCUCGAAAGAUCUCAGGAGGUGGUGCCCGCCGGAGCUUGCGGUGUUGAACUAUGAAGGAGAGGUCGUGGCGUGCAAGAGCGCUUGCUUGGCCUUUGAGAACGACAGGUUCUGCUGCAGAAACGAAUUUGGGAGGCCGGAGAAAUGCAAGCCCAACGUGUACUCCAACAUUUUCAAAGAAGCAUGUCCAUUUUAUUAUAGCUACGCCUUCGAUGAUCCUCCUCCGUUAGCGAGCUGUGCGUCGUCUGAGUAUAUCGUAACGUUCUGUCCUUCAGGGUGGGGUUCCCAGGAGCAAUCUCACGACAUCAUUUCUACGUAGAAAUUGACUUCUUCUUGCUUGAAUUUAUCGAUACCAGGCAACAAUAACGGUUUACUGUUGAAUUCUGUUGGCAAUUUGGCAUGUUGUUUAUUAUUUGUACGA